CAAGCCCUUUAGUGAAUUAAAGUGUUGCAAACAACGCCAGAGUCAUAUUUAUUGUUGAAAACAUUCUUUCUGCUCAUGCAGCAACAUGACUUCAAUUCAUGAGCAUUUUGGAGGAAUGGAAUUAAGAUUUAUUUAUGGUUCUGGCUGUUUUUCCUCGAGUUGCUGAAGUUUGAUAUAAAACUCCUACAUCUACAUUUGCAUUUCCUUUACAUAAAAAGCCUGUGUUGUGUUGCAUCAGUUUCUAGUGAAAAACAAAUAUCCAAUACAUGGAAAAGCUUUCCUUUUUUACUGAAAAUUUCUCUCUCUCCAAUGUCCUUGAGAAGGCAGAAAUGACUUUUAUAUUAUACAGAAACAAACUUCAGUUUUCACAACGGAGACAAUAAAAUGGUAUCAGGAAUGUAGCUGGCCCAGAAAAUUGGCAGAUGAAAGGAACCUGUAAUACGUGUGCCAUAUGGGAGGCUGGGAACACACUAAUAAUCCCAAACAAUGAAGAAAAUUAUAUUAAUUGAAGAUAUGACGUGUACAGGCAAAUUUGUUUUCCAACCAAUAAGGCUCCAAACCUUUUUGAACACUCAGGGCGUCUGAGAUAAGCCAGGAGGGCCAGCAGGGAGUAUAAAAAGGGCCGGGAGCUCCGGGCUCCUCAGCAGCUCCUCUGCCUUCCUCCUCCCGGUGAACUCGGUUUCCCUCCAGUGCACAAAGAUGACCUUCCUCCAGGGCCAGUGUGACGACGAUUGCUACUCCCCCUGCGGCUACCGGGGCUACGACUGCGGGAGCCCCUGCGGCCUGCGGGGCUACGGGGGCCUCUACGGCUACCGUGGCCUCUACGGCCUUGGCGACCGCUACGGUUACGGGGGCCUCUACGGCUACGGGGGCCUCUAUGGCUACGGGGGCCUCUAUGGCUACCGGGGCCUCUACGGCUCCGGGGACUGCUACGGCUACGGUGGCUACCGGGGCUUCUACGGCUCCGGGGACUGCUGUGGAUACCCCGGUGUUUACUCGGGCCGCUAUGGUUACCCCUACGGCUCCCGCUACAGCCAAAGGUACGGCUACGGGGGCUGCUACAGCUGCUGAACCCUGCCGGGACGGCCCUCGGGGGAAGGUCAGCCCAAGCCUGGCAAACAGGGGUUGAUGGAGAACCUCGGCAGCAGAGGGUGUACUGGGCCCCGGGCGCACCGCCCGCCCUCCGCGGCGGCUUCGAGAGCUCUGCGCUGCCCUCGAGGUGCUUGCGAUGAUCCCUCUUCGUUCUGCUCGGUGUCUGCUGCUGCUCCUGCCACCCAGAGUCUCCCCUUGACCUAGAACUUGCUUCUCCUCGGUGCUCCAGUCCUCGGAAACCGGCUCUGAUGUUGUUUGCGACGAUGUACAAAGCCUGAGCUCUGACCAGGUGGUGGGCAGGGUGUAAAGGCCUCUUUGGGAAUGUGGGCUCUCUGUUCUGUGUCUCUUUAUAAAGUACAUCUGCCUUUCACUCGUAUUAAAAACUUACUCUGCAUCAA